AUGUUCUUUUUCCGUCCUCUCGACGCCACUGUGGCUUACGGUGGUGCCAGUCUGAUAUGGUACGUCCCCGACACGGGUGAGAUCUGCUCGAUCCUCGACUGCGGCGGUGGCCGCGCGCCGCCCAUCACGACACGGCCUGGCUGCUAUGGCUACACGGGAACGGCCACAGUGACGCCCAGCUUUCUGCCCGGAUUCGGUGCGGCGGCUGAGACCGGAGCCACGGCUGGGGGGAGUGUAUCUGUGACAUCGACAGAGUCGCAGCCUUCUGCUACAGAAGCUGUUUCGUCGUCGUCGUCGUCCUUAUUGACAGAGACCUCUUCGUUCUCCACGACUUCGGCAGACUCCCUGACAACUGCACCGGCCACGCUGCCAGUGUCUACCGCAUCAUCAACCACCGUCUCGACCAAAGAGAAGACAUCUGCUAUGACAAAAGACCUCACCACAUCCACGAACGUGUCGACCCUGCCGGGAAAGACGGUGACCAGCAGCUCAGGAACGGCCACGAGCAAGUCCACGCAGGCUAGCGCGGCAGUGACGGGUGCGGCCGAUACAGUCAGGGCGAUGGAAGUCUCUGGAAUGGUGGGAAUGGCGGCGGCCGUUGGCGUGGCGGGAUUGGCUCUGCUAUAA